CCCCUUCCGCGCGAGCUCCACCCAGGCCGGCAGCAGCGCGGUCGGCGGCGGCGCCUAUUUCCCGCCAUUGUGCGAAGUGGAGGCUGGGGGGCCGGACGCGCAGCCUCCCGCGGCCGCAGCUCCCGCCGCCGCCGCCGCGGUCCCCGAGGCCCGCGCCCCGCGUGCCGCCUGCGUGGGAGGGCGCGGCGAGCAGCGGCCGAGCCCUGAGGAGGCGCCGCGGCGCGGGACGCCGCCCGGCGAGAUGCCGUGCGGGGAGGACUGGCUGAGCCACCCGCUCGGGAUCGUGCAGGGCUUCUUCGCCCAAAAUGGAGUUAAUCCUGACUGGGAGAAGAAAGUAAUUGAAUAUUUUAAGGAAAAGCUGAAAGAAAAUAAUGCUCCUAAAUGGGUACCAUCACUGAAUGAGGUUCCCCUUCAUUACUUGAAACCUAACAGUUUUGUGAAGUUUCGCUGCAUGAUUCAGGAUAUGUUUGACCCUGAGUUUUACAUGGGAGUUUAUGAAACAGUGAACCGAAACACAAAAGCACGUGUUCUUCAUUUUGGGAAAUACAGAGACAUAGCAGAAUGUGGGCCUCAGCAAGAAGUUGAUUUAAACUCUCCACGAACUACCACUUUGGAAAGACAGAAUUUCUAUUGUGUUCCAGUGCCUGGGGAAUCUGUGUGGGUGAAAGAAGCCUAUAUUAAUGCAAACCAAGCUCGAGUCAGUCCUUCAACAUCUUACACUCCCAGUCGUCACAAGAGGAGUUAUGAAGAUGACGAAGACAUGGACCUGCAGCCUAACAAACAGAAAGAGCAGCAUGCGGGUGCCAAACAGACAGGGAGCGGCGGCAGUCUUCAGGGGUGUGGUGAGCCAAAACGCCUGGAAACUGAAGCUUCUACCGGACAGCAGCUGAGCCCCCUGAACCUCUCGUCUCCUUUUGACCUGAACUUCCCACUGCCAGGGGAGAAGGGCCCCGCGUGCCUCGUGAAGAUCUAUGAAGAUGGGGAUUGUUUCAAAGUGAAUGAUGUUCUUGAGUUAUAUGGCAUCCUGUCUGUGGAUCCCGUGCUAAGUGUACUGAACAACGAUGAAAGGGACGCUGGGUCACUCCUGGACCCGAUGGAAUGCGCGGACAUGGCCGAAGAACAGAGGGUGCACAGUCCUCCCGCCUCGCUGGUGCCAAGAAUUCAUGUGGUUUUAGCCCAGAAGUUGCAACACAUCAACCCAUUGUUGCCGGCCUCCCUGAACAAAGAGGAGAGCAAAACCUGUAAGUUUGUUUCAAGCUUCAUGUCCGAAUUGUCUCCAGUCAGAGCAGAACUGCUUGGGUUCCUCACGCAUGCCCUUUUGGGAGAUAGUUUGGCUGCUGAAUACCUGAUAUUACAUCUCAUCUCUACAGUAUAUACAAGAAGAGACGUUCUUCCAUUAGGAAAAUUUACAGUUAACUUGAGUGGUUGCCCACGGAAUAGCACCUUCACAGAACACUUGUAUCGAAUUAUUCAACAUCUUGUUCCAGCAUCUUUUCGUCUCCAGAUGACUAUAGAGAACAUGAACCAUUUGAAAUUCAUUCCCCACAAAGACUAUACGGCCAAUCGCCUGGUCAGCGGGCUCCUCCAGCUGCCCAGCAACACGUCCCUGGUCAUCGAUGAGACACUCCUGGAGCAAGGCCAGCUCGACACCUCAGGUGUGCAUAACGUGACGGCCCUGAGCAACCUAAUAACUUGGCAGAAGGUGGAUUAUGAUUUCAGUUACCACCAGAUGGAAUUCCCUUGCAAUAUUAAUGUUUUGAUUACUUCGGAGGGGAGAUCACUCCUACCCGCAGAUUGCCAGAUCCACUUACAGCCACAGCUGAUUCCACCGAACAUGGAGGAGUACAUGGACAGCCUUCUCUCAGCCGUGCUGCCUUCUGUGCUCAACAAGUUCCGCAUUUAUCUGACCCUGCUGCGGUUCCUGGACUACAGCAUCUCUGACGAAAUAACCAAGGCGGUUGAAGACGACUUUGUGGAAAUGCGCAAGAAUGACCCUCAGAGCAUCACGGCUGACGAUCUCCACCAGCUGCUCGUUGUCGCUCGGUUUCUGUCUCUCAGUGCUGGUCAGACAACACUGUCAAGAGAACGAUGGCUAAGAGCAAAGCAACUCGAGUCUUUGAGAAGAACUAGGCUUCAGCAGCAGAAGUGUGUGAAUGGAAAUGAACUUUAAACAUCUGAUACCUAUUGAAGAGUAAGGGGCAAAUUACAGCCACAUUAUUGCAAAUUGCAAGUAUCAUUUAUACCAUUGUUUUGUAGAUACUUUGUAUUAAAAACCAAGGACUUUUCCUGAAA